UAUGACGUUUACCAAAUCCUCUAUGGUUCUUUAGUAAUGGAUAGACGGGAGGCAGGCCAUUGCCAUUGUGACGCUUGAGGACAACAAAUUUGGAUAUAGAUAUUUCAACUACCCAACCUAAUCCAUUGUAUAUUUUAAUCACUUCAACAGCUCUGAUCAUACCAGAAAAAGAAAAUAUAAAGAAAACAAGGUAAAUACUAAAUAGCUGCUGUGACUCGGCUUUACUUUCCUCACUACCCUGUCCCUUUAGAUAUUUUUUGUUUCAUCAUUCAUCCAAUAUUUGACUGAAUCAUAUCCAGUUUUCACUGUGAUGAGACUUUCCUGGAGUCCCACCAAUCCUCACUUUGAUGCAAAAACACGGCAAAUGAUUAACUAAGACCUUUACGUUGAAGCUAAAAGGGUGUGUAACACCCUAUAUGUAUAUUGUUUUUGGUAAACUACCCAUAAAUGGAGUUGCACCACUCCUCCUAAUCCAUUAAAAAAAAUGGCUUCCACCAACCAGUUUUUGGGAUUUAGAAACGAGUCCCCAGUCACUGGCAAAGGGAAGGUGAACAUGGCACAGAAAUUGCACAUGGUGGCCGGAACAUGGGGUGUGAGGUGCAGCUUUCAUUCCCUUAUGGGCCUCCUGGUGGCUACACUGGUUGUUGCUGCUGUUUAUUUGACAGGAGAGGGUGGACGGUGGUUGGAAGAUCGGAAGUCAAUAUGUCAGAACUGCGGUGAAUCGUCGUGCUCUGGGUGCAAUUUGUUCUCGGGCAAGUGGGUGUUUGAUAAUAGGUCUCACCCUUUGUACAAGGAGAAGCAAUGCACUUUCAUGUCUGAUCAGUUGGCUUGUGAGAAGUUUGGGAGGCAGGAUUUGAGCUAUCAGAAUUGGAGAUGGCAGCCUCACCAAUGUGAUCUCCCCAGGUUCAAUGCCACAGCAUUGCUGGAGAGGCUGAGGGGUAAGAGGCUUGUGUUCGUCGGCGAUUCACUUAAUAGGGGCCAGUGGGUUUCAAUGGUCUGCCUGGUUGAUUCAUCCAUCCCUCCAAACCUCAAAUCCAUGCACACCAAUGGCUCCUUGACCACCUUCAAGGCCACUGAAUACAAUGCCACUAUAGAGUUCUAUUGGGCCCCAAUGCUAGUGGAAUCGAACUCUGAUGAUCCAGUGAUGCACCGAUUACCAGAACGGGUUGUGAGAGUGCAAGCAAUUGAAAAGCACGCAAGGCAUUGGACUGAUGCAGACAUACUCGUUUUCAAUACCUAUCUUUGGUGGAGAAGGUCCAAAAUGAAAGUUCUGUGGGGAUCAUUUGAAAGCCCAGAUGGGAUUUACAAAGAUGUAGAGAUGGUACGCGUUUAUGAGAUGGCUCUCAAAACUUGGUCAGAUUGGUUGGAAGUUCAUGUCAACAGAAGCAAGACCCAGUUGUUUUUCGUUAGCAUGUCCCCAACUCACCAAAGGGCUGAAGAAUGGGGUGCAGCAGAGGGUCAAAAUUGUUACAGUGAAACAGAACUGAUUUCACAAGAGGGAUACUGGGGAAAUGGAUCAUGCCGCAAAAUGAUGGGAGUAGUAGACGACACAAUCGAUAGAUUGAAAAAAAGAGGUGUGAAUGUGAAAGUUCUAAACAUUACGCAACUUUCAGAGUACAGGAAAGAGGGCCAUCCAUCUAUCUACAGGAAGCAGUGGGAACCUCUAACAGAAGACCAAUUAUCAGACCCGAAAAGUUAUGCAGAUUGUAUACAUUGGUGCCUCCCUGGGGUCCCAGAUGUAUGGAAUGAGCUCCUGUAUGCCUACAUUUUGCAUUAUUGAUGAAUUCCAAAAUGGAAAUAAAUUCAAGAUUUGUGAA